AGUUUUAAAACUAAAUAAACGCGGUAAUUUUAAGCUAAUUUAGCGACGUGUUAGCACUUUACACUCAGGCUUCUAACGCGCCACCUAAAGGGUCCUCACCGGAAACAUCAACAGUCAUGACCCUGAAUGUAAAAACUUGUUUGCGAAGCUGAAAGUGUUUAAAUGUCGACACUUCUGUGACUUAAUAUAAUCAUUUAUGUCACUUUAUUUCAUAGUUUGACGCUGUUGUAACUUCCCUGUUGCACGUUUUUGGAACAUGCUUCAACCUGAUUGGCUGUUUGGACAGACGCGUGCACAAUGAGCUCUGAGGUGUGCCCAUUCUGUGGGAAAACCUACAAAAGGUUGAAGAGUCACCUGCCACACUGUAAGGCAGCAGUGAGCUCCAAAACACCUCCAACCAAACAUGAUGUCACAACAAACCAGACAUCAUCGUCCUCUCAGCAGGCCGCAGCCUUGUCAGAAUCAACAGUGAAGUCCACACAGACACUGUCGAUAACAGCAAGUCCGCAAUCAAAGAAGAGUAAAAAGGCGUCUGUUGUAUCAUCAGAAACACCUUCAUUGCCCCCGAGUUCUGCAUCACCUCCAUCAACAACUAAGAAGAAGAAACAGAAGCUGUCUGAGCAAAUCAAGGCAGCCAACAUGCCCUCCUCUACCACUUCCCUCACCUCCUCCUCAUCACCGUCUCUGUCUUCCACCGUCUCUAAGCCCAAAAAGCAAAGUCUCCAUUCUCUGAUAGAAGCUGCCAAGUCCACACAGGUUUCUAAGGGAUCACAGGAGGGAAGCACAUCGGCCUCAGAGGACCAAACUCUAAGCUCUAGACCCACAGCUCAGACCAAAACUAAUCCCAACCAAGGCACAAUAAAAGACAACGCCCAUCCUUGGUUUCUGUCUGUGGACACUAAACCCAAAGCUGUAUCUAAAACGAAGGCGUCAAAGACGAAGAAGGCUGCACAAAUGACCAAACACACUUCAACCUCUCUGGACUCUGAAGUAAAUCAAAGUAGUGCAAGAUCCAGUGUAAGAGACGACAUCUGGAUGAGCAACAAGGGGGAAGUUGAGGAUUUAUCUGUGAAUAAGAUGCUUUUAAAAUCAGGAAGCAGCCACCAGGCCAGGGUUACCAUCCAGGAUGUUAAAGCCAUGUUAGGCAGAGGUAAUGCCACCCGUAAAUCCAGCAGACCAAGCAUCCUGAGCCGAAUUGAAACUGCUGAUGAUUUAAACAGCAAAAUCGGACUUGGUACUAGUCUCAGUCCAGUUCCUCCCCCGACAGGGACCUUGGAAACAUCUAGAACCCUGUCAGACCAGCUGCCCAGCACCAGUUUACAACACACUGAGCUACAGUUAGUCAAGAGAAAGUCUAAACCAGCGUCUUUAGUCCCCAUGCAGCAGCAUGAACUAACCUCCCCUGCCGCUCCCCUCCUUUCUGGCCAUCUGUCAUCUCAGGUGAGCAAAGCCACGCUCCCUCAAAGUACAGUCAGCGCAAAUGAGGGGCUGAAGAUGACAGGACUUCUCACUAUAUCGCCAUCACUCACUGCGUUUUCCAGCCCUCUACCGGCAGCGAGGGAGGAGAUGUUGAGAGCCGAUGAUGGGUUGAAGUCGCAACUGAAGGGCAGGAAGCAAAAAACUGCUGAUGAGGGAACUAAAGGAGCUCUGACGCAGCGGAGUCUUGGCCAGGUGAGACUGAGGGAGCUGCCGGAGUGGCUGGCCUGUAAAACCCCCAGCCAUCCAAGAGAUGUGGUGGAAAUGGUGCAAAGAGGCUGGCAGUGGUAUUACAGGAGGUACAUUGAUGUGAAGAAAGGUGGUGUUGGUGGAGUGGGCAUGUUGUUAGCAGGAUACUGUGUGCUCAGCUACAUCUGGAGAUACCCUCACCUCAAGCAUGAUCGAUGGAGGAAGUACCACUAAUGUGAAGGUGAAGACGCUGGGACAAGCGUAACUGUGUGUGAGGGAAACAGCAGCUCGAAGCAUCUGUUUUGUUAAUAAUAUAUAAUUAAUCCAGAUCCAAAGGUUUACACAGGAUUUGUGUCUGACAAGUUGGUACUGGUUUCUCAUCAUCAUGGUGGCGCUUCCUGUCAGCCCAUUUGGUUUCUGUCUAUGACGAUCAUAUCUGUCCGUUAAAAAUGAAACCACAGCAAGCAGCUGGUUAGCUUAGCUUAGCAUAAAGACUGGAAACAGGGGGAAACAGCUAGCUUGGCUCUGUUUAAAUGCAGACUAAAUCCAUCAACCAGCACCUUUUAAAGCCUUAUAUCAUGUUUAUUUGUAUAGAAAUAAGGUUAAAAAAGACAGUUUGUCUUUUUAAGGUGAUACAGCAACUGAGGUUAAACAGUUUAUUUAAAUUAAAUUGAAAUGACAAUAUGGCCCACUGCUGUUUUCAAAUAGCAGGAGGCCUCAUAUUUAUUAAAGGCAGCAUGUGUGUCAGAUUACCAUUUUAAAAAAUUAUAUAUCCUCCUGAGACCCUGUGUCCUCAUAUGAGGACAUCACAUUUUGGGUUUACUGCACCUUAUACUUCAUUCUACUUAACUUAGACCUGCUGUCCUCAUUUGUGGAAACUUCUUUGUGCCAUCUAGUGGUAGUAAGAACACAAUACACUGAUCCAUGUAAAAACAAGAUGGCAGCCAUCUCUGCCAAGUCAGUCUGCAGCCGAUCCUGACACAAAAGUGGACAAGGUCCAUAACCUGAUCACUUUUUAUGUUUGACACUUGUUUAUUUGAGGACAUUGGGACUUUAUUGUUGUCUCGUUUGAGGACAUUGGGACUUUAUUGUUGUCUCGUUUGAAGACAUUGUGACUUUAUUGUUGUCUCGUUUGAGGACAUUGGGACUUUAUUGUUGUCUCGUUUGAAGACAUUGUGACUUUAUUGUUGUCUCGUUUGAGGACAUUGGGACUUUAUUGUUGUCUCGUUUGAAGAUAUUGGGACUUUAUAAUCGUCUGGUUUGAGGACAUUGUGACUUUAUUGUUGUCUCGUUUGAAGACAUUAGGACUUUAUUGUUGUCCCAUUUGAGGACAUUGGGACUUUAUAAUCGUCUGGUUUGAGGACACUGGGACUCUAUUAUCGUCUCAUUUGAGGACAUUGGGACUUUAUUGUUGUCUCGUUUGAGGACAUUGGGACUUUAGAAUCGUCUGGUUUGAGGACACUGGGACUCUAUUAUCGUCUCAUUUGAGGACAUUGUGACUUUAUUGUUGUCUCGUUUGAGGACAUUGGGACUUUAUUAUCGUCUCGUUUGAGGACAUUGGGACUUUAUUGUUGUCUCGUUUGAGGACAUUGAGACUCUAUUAUCGUCUCAUUUGAGUACAUUGGGACUUUAUUGUUGUCUCGUUUGAGGACAUUGGGACUUUAGAAUCGUCUGGUUUGAGGACACUGGGACUCUAUUAUCGUCUCAUUUGAGGAUAUUGGGACUUUAUUGUUGUCUCGUUUGAGGACAUUGGGACUUUAUUAUCGUCUCGUUUGAGGACAUUGGGACUUUAUUGUUGUCUCGUUUGAGGACAUUGAGACUUUAUUAUCGUCUCGUUUGAGGACAUUGGGACUUUAUAAUCGUCUGGUUUGAGGACACUGGGACUCUAUUAUCAUCUCAUUUGAGGACAUUGGGACUUUAUUGUUGUCUCGUUUGAGGACAUUGAGACUUUAUUAUCGUCUCGUUUGAGGACAUUGAGACUUUAUUGUUGUCUCGUUUGAGGACAUUGGGACCUUAUUGUCAGUGACAGUAUUUAGUGUUUUAUACUUAUCAGCUCCUACUGAUCCCAAAUAGCUUGGAGAAAUUAAAAAUGUCAACCCAACACAGAGACAGAUUUUUGAUCCCAUUUGAAUUAUUGUGUUCAUCAAUUUAAAAGAUCAUUUUGCAAGUCAAGAAAAUCGCAGUUUCUGUACGUGUUGUAAAACACGUACAGAAGGUGGUUAGGUGACGUCAUGGCUUUCUCUCUCGCUGCAGCUAUGAUGCAUGUGUGUUUCGUACCGGGAUGUACUCACAUGGCAAAAGGUCUUGCUUCACUUCCCGGCUGAUAAAAUACCAGGAGUCACUGGAUAGAAGACACCAGGUAAGAUAAUGUUAAAUUUGUAGGUGGAACAUUGCUAAGUUACCUAGCUAGCUAACUUAGGCUAAUUUAUCUUCUUUACCUAGGCUAACUUGGGUAACUAAGUUAAGUUAGUUAAGUUACCUAGCUAGUUAGUAAGCUAGCUGGAACAUUGCUAAGUUACCUAGCUUGCUAGUUAGCUAACUAGGUAACUUAGCCAUAUUCCAGCCAGAUAGCCAGUGUUCGUGACAUGUAACUUAUGAGAUGCGGGAUGUAGUUCACUGACACACCUACGACAAACUGCGACUUUCCUGACUUGCAAAAUUACUUUUUAAAUUGGCAAACUUCAGAUGUGCAAUUCAGCAUAAUACAAUGGGAUCAAACUAUUCUUUGUCUCGCCAUUAAGUACAUAUUUUUUCCAAAAUUUCUUGGUCCUAUGGGGGACACUGGAGGGGGAGGGCCUUUGCUUCUCUAUUAUUUUACAGACAUCACGUCAUAACCAUAGAUUUAUAAUAAUUCCUAGAUACCAGAUGCCAAGAUGGCGCCUGUUCAUUCUAAUGGAGUAACUCGCCUGGCGAGAACUAGAAAGAAGUUUCUAGAUUCCAGGUUUAGUUUUGCGGUACACUGCCUGCUGAAUAUGCGCAGUUGUGUUUCUCCCACUGGCCCCGCCCACAAGUUCCUGCUUGGCUCAUGGGCUUCACAUUGUGAUGAAGUCAAGGAUUUUUAAAUGGCUUUUUUCAGCUCGAGCAAAGUUUUAUAAACAAAUAAUAAAUAAAACCUCCAUGAAUCAGAAAUUCAUAAUAGAAAGAGCCAUAAUUGAUAGGGUUGAGCCGAGUACCCAGAGAAAAGAGUAUCUGAAACAAAUGAUGUACUUUGUACGAGUGUCAGCCUAGUAAAAUGUGUCAAUAGUU